AUGCACACUCAAUUUGCUACGGAGAAACAUGUUAAAUACUUAAAGAGGCAUUUGGGCCUAUUGCCUUCGUCCCAACAAAGUCAUGAUGUAAAUAAAAUGGCAAUCAUAUUUUAUUCAUUAGUAAGUCUCUCUGCUAUCGGUAUUGAUGUUGCUAAAGAAUACGGAUCGAGUGCUCAAUGGAUUUGCAGACAUCGAAUUGCCCUGGAGUCUUCUGGCUCCAAGGUGGCGCUAUCCGGUUUUGUUGGUAGUUUAACGUUGGAUAUACCGAAUACAAACACAGUUAGCCUACCCAACACACUUUUCGCACUGUUGGUAUUAAGGCUGCUAAAAUGUGAUGAGUUCUUCUGCAGUGUGCGAAAUAGAGAAACCAUAUGUGCGUUCGUAUCAACUUGCCAGGUCGCGGAGGAUGGCUCUUUCACUUCUGUACUGGCUAAUAAGCACUUUUUACCUUCACCACUUGAUGCAAGUGAUCUCCGGUUCUGUUUUAUCGCAGUAGAGAUCUUAUGCUUACUCGGAUGUCGAAAGCUGCAGGAUUAUUCCAAGUACAUAAACGUCGACAAAUUGAUAGCUUACAUUCUAUCACAGCAAUGCGAUUCGGGAGGCUUUGGGUCGUAUGGUGAACCACAUGCAGGAUACACUUCGUGUGCUCUUUCAACACUGAGUCUUCUUGAAAGUUUAGCUUGCUUGACUGACGAAUUCAAGGAAUUGACACUGCUAUGGCUGGUGCAUCGACAAGUUUCAGAUGAGGGCUGCAUGCAAUUGCAAUGUAAGAAUCCAUUCUUUGACGAAGAAGAUCAUGGUGGAUUUCAGGGCAGAGAGAAUAAAUUUGCCGAUACAUGCUACGCUUUUUGGUGUUUGAAUUCAAUGAAUAUAUUACAGUUCAAUACGAGCGCUACACUAGGUACUUUCGAAUCAGCAAAAAUGUAUUUGUUGAGUAGAACACAAAAUACAAUUAUUGGUGGUUUCAGCAAGAAUGACGUUGAUGAUCCAGAUCUUUAUCAUACCUGCUUAGGGGUGGCGGCACUCAAACUUAUAGAAGGUACAUUCAAUGGUGUCCUUUUCCUGCCUAGUGCCAUAGAUGUGUCUUCCUAA